AGCUUCCUGUGACUGUGCACGCACAUCAGAAGACGUCCUUUCCACACACACAUUUACACACAUUCACACGCGCGCUCGUGCUUGCUCGUUACCAUGGGCAUCGACACCUGGAAGGAGUUCCCUAAGAUCCUGACGGAGUACCCGAAGCACGGAGUGCCGCUGCCGUGCUCCGAUCAGAAUCCGCGUCUGCAGUGCCCGGAGACGCGGUGGGCCCGCGACUUCUGCCUAGCACAGGGCGGCAGCUGCGAGUACAAGAUAGAGGCCCACUUUGACUGUCUCGAGCAGCACUACCCGAAGGAAAGGGUUGACCUCCUGCGCAAAAACUUCAAGCCGAGCACGCUAGACUACCCAACCUCGGAUACCUACAUUCGCUACCGACACUACUACAUUGGUGCGCCGUGGAUGUCGAAGAACAACUGGGAAGGUACGCGUUAA